UACCGGUCGUUGUGUUGUGAACACGACGACAAUCGGCACACUGCUCCGUGUGACACAACGGUGUUCAUGCUGUGAGCACUACAAUGAGUGGUCCAGUCAGCCCAUGGUGAACAGCAUCCCAGCAGGAAACCUCCAGCUCUGUGCUGCUGUCCUUUUCACAGGCUCAUCAUUUAGCCAGAUUUCUAAGUUCCUGGGUGCCUUCAAUGUGCAGGGACUGUCCAAGCAGACAUUCUUUCGACAUCAGGCAAAGCUGUUAAUUCCAACAGUGAGCUGGCAGUGGCAGCUAGAGCAAGCUGAUAUCAUCCAGGAGGCUACUGAAUCUGGACCUGUGACUCUUGGUGGUGACAUGCGAGCUGAUUCACCUGGACACUCAGCCAAAUAUGGUAGCUACACCAUGAUGGAUCUCAAAAGAAACAAAGUUAUUGAUAUCCAACUUGUACAGAGCAAUGAAGUUGGAAAUAGUGUGCGAAUGGAGAAGGAGGGAUUUGUGAGAAGUCUGAGCACACUUUUGGAGAGGGGGGUCGAUGUGCAGCAAGUCGUGACUGACCGCCACACAGGAGUGCAGAAGUAUUUGCGGGAGGAAAAAAAGGAAAUCAGUCACUACUUUGACCCCUGGCACAUGGGAAAAGGAAUUGGUAAGAAAAUCGAAGAGCUGGGGAAGAGAAAGACGACCCAGGAUGUGAGACUGUGGAACAAAGUGUGGUGAACCACCUCUACUGGUCGGCAUCCAGUUCCUCCUCAGGACAGGAGGCAGUAGCAAAGUGGACUUCAGUUGCCAACCACAUCCAAAAUGUGCACAGCCAUGACAACGCCCUGUUCCCUAGCUGUCUGCAUGCACCUCUGGAUGGAGAACAGGCAAGACAGUGGCUCAAACCAAGUAAGUGUAGCAUGUACUCAUUACAGCUGAGCCUUUACUGUUUGGUUUAUUUACAUUUAGAACACGUCACCCCACAACAGAAUAUUUGUCUUCACCUCCUUCAACAUGGAGAAAUAUUUUUGGAGCAUGAGAGUUACAGACGUCACAUGUAGCUGCUAAGGUCACAC